AUGGAUUCGCACUACCACAGGUACGAAGAUAACCGCACCCUCAGCCCUGCGGGGUUGCAGAUGGUGGAGCAGCAGCAGCAGCAGCAGCAGCAGCAGCAGCAGCAGCAGCAGCAGCAGCAGCAGCAGCCUGAAGUGUACCCCUUUUGCGUGGCUUAUUCGCCGGAGGCCCCCGCGCGGUCUUGGGGCCGGUUUGGGGAGAGCGGAGCAGCAGCAGCAGCAGCAGCAGCAGCAGCAGCAGCAUCACUGCAGCAGCAGCUGAAGGAGAGUUCGCUGGGCCGGCUGCUGCUGCUGCUUGCGGCCUUUGGCUUCGCGCUGCUGCUGCUGCUGCAGCAGCAGCAGCAGCAGCAGCAGCAGCCGCAGACCCUCGCAGCUAAUUUGAGCGCAGCAGCAGCAGCAGACUCCGUCUGCAGCAAAGAUUAUCGGGACAACACUUUGAAGUUGUCGCAAGAAGCCGCAGUCUCUUCUUUUUUUUUGUCUCCUUUUCCCCAGUUCGAAGCCAGCGACAUUAUUGUCUCCAAAGAAAAGGCCCUUUACUUU